CACAAACAGAGCUAAGCCAGGAGAGGAGGAAAAAUAGUCUGGUCGUCUCAGGAACAAACUGCUCUCACAUUUCCACUAGCUCAGCUUCCAAAGCUCUCCAGGCCUUAGGGGGGCUGAUCUACCCUCCCAGCUCCCUCUCCCCUUUGGGACUCACCACCCUGCCUGACCGGAGGACAUCCAGGGGACACUCACUCAGCCUCACCCAGGACCUAGGAUUUCAGCUCACUGCAACUGUAUCCUCCUCAGAGGACUCCUGAGCCUGCAGCGUGACCCACCCUCCCUACUUCUGUCUAACGAAGAGAGAGGUAGUUCUCCAUCUUUCUGUACAUCAGUCUCAGGACCACCAGAGAUCCCACUUUUAGGCCUUAUCUCCCAUAGACUGUAUCUGCAGAGAGACAGGAGAACACCCCAAAGACAGUGACAGGAGGAUUUAGAGGAGGGCUAUUUAAUUGACACAGUUGUGAGACAGUGUGUCUGUGUGUUUCUGAUAACGACUGUGGCAGUGAAUGGACACAGACCACUCAUGUAAGCAGUGUGUUAGAGAAAGAACACACUCUGGGGAAGUCUGUUCUAGUGGCGUUGGGUGUGCAGGUGUCCGUGAUAUGCCAGGUUUGUUUGAAUGAGGCAUUGUAAUUGUAAGGCAUUGAAUGUGCAUGUGAUACUUGAUCGAGGCCUCAAGUGUGUCAGAGGCAUUGGUUGUGUAUGUGUGUGAGAGGUAAGUCAGGUUGUGUGCAUGAGUGUGUGUGUGUGAAAGGAGUCAGUCAGGUCUGUGUGUGAGAGAGGACGACCGUGGAGGCCUUAGCCCUGGAUUUCUCAGAGAUGGAGGGUCAAGGCUACGACCGGUUUGGUGAGCUUGAGCAAGACACCUACCAGAUCGACUACCGCCGUAUAGUUGGUGACACUGAGCCUGCCAGGCCGCGCCUCUCGCCCCGUGAAGGGGAACACACACACCCCAACUCCAACCCUCGUGGAGCCUACACGCACACCAACCCUCACGGCCACGGGCACGAGACGGCCGCGCAGAGAUACAAUGCCACACGCAUCCAAGCCGGAUAUGAACCUGAAAGCAUGGCCGACUACCUGAUCAGUGGAGGGACAGGGUACGUGCCUGAAGAUGGACUGACGGCUCAGCAGCUCUUCUCUAUCGGGGAUGGACUCACAUAUAAUGAUUUCCUGAUUCUGCCUGGUUUCAUAGACUUUAUUUCUGAUGAAGUGGACCUGACCUCAGCUCUGACCAGGAAGAUCACCCUGAAGACUCCUAUCAUCUCAUCUCCCAUGGAUACAGUCACUGAGUCCUCCAUGGCCAUUGCUAUGGCUCUCAUGGGCGGGAUCGGGAUCAUGCACCAUAACUGUACUCCAGAGUUCCAGGCCAACGAGGUCCGCUUGGUUAAGAAAUUUGAGCAGGGUUUCAUCACAGACCCAGUGGUGAUGAGUCCUCGCCACACAGUGGGAGACGUAUUCGAAGCCAAGGUCCGCCACGGCUUCUCUGGCAUCCCUGUCACCGAGACGGGCAAGAUGGGCAGCAAGCUGGUGGGCAUCGUCACCUCCCGAGACAUUGACUUCCUCUCAGAGAAAGACCAUGACAGACCCCUGGAAGAGGCUAUGACAAAGAGGGAAGAUUUAGUGGUUGCACCAGCUGGCGUCACACUGAAAGAGGCCAACGACAUCCUGCAGCGCAGCAAGAAAGGUAAACUGCCCAUAGUGAAUGACAGUGAUGAGCUAGUUGCCAUCAUCGCCAGGACAGACUUGAAGAAGAACCGAGACUACCCACUUGCCUCUAAAGACUCCAGGAAACAGCUGCUGUGUGGAGCGGCCAUCGGAACCAGAGAGGAGGACAAAUGCAGACUGGACCUGCUGAUGCAGGCUGGGGUUGAUGUGGUAGUGCUGGACUCCUCCCAGGGGAACUCUGUCUAUCAGAUCAACAUGAUCAACUACAUCAAACAGAAAUACCCUGAACUACAGGUGGUGGGAGGAAACGUGGUGACUGCAGCCCAGGCUAAGAAUCUGAUUGAUGCGGGUGUGGACGCUCUGAGGGUGGGGAUGGGCUGCGGCUCCAUCUGCAUCACCCAGGAAGUGAUGGCGUGUGGGCGUCCCCAGGGCACAUCAGUGUACAAGGUGGCAGAGUACGCCAGGCGCUUCGGUGUGCCCGUCAUUGCAGACGGAGGCAUCCAGACCGUUGGACAUGUGGUAAAAGCUCUCGCACUUGGGGCAUCCACAGUGAUGAUGGGGUCAUUGCUCGCAGCAACCACAGAGGCCCCGGGGGAGUAUUUCUUCUCAGAUGGCGUGCGGCUGAAGAAGUACCGCGGGAUGGGCUCCCUGGACGCCAUGGAGAAGAACAGCAGCAGCCAGAAACGCUACUUCAGUGAGGGGGACAAGGUGAAGGUGGCUCAGGGUGUGUCAGGGUCGGUUCAGGAUAAAGGUUCUAUACAUAAGUUUGCCCCCUACCUCAUCGCUGGCAUACAACAUGGCUGCCAAGACAUCGGAGCCAAGAGCCUCUGCAUACUGCGGUCCAUGAUGUACUCUGGGGAGCUGAAGUUUGAGAAGAGGACCAUGUCAGCUCAGGUUGAGGGGGGAGUACACGGGCUCCACUCGAAGACCCAAAAAUCAAGUUAUGAGAAGCGGCUAUACUGAGGGAGGAGGGAGAGUGAGCUCACGAGCAGCACCCAGUGUACCCUCACCAGCAGCCACCAGGCACAACGGAUACAUGUGACCUACCUACAACCACUACUCAACCUCCACCCGUGUUACCACAUCUGACCUACCUACAACCACUACUCAACCUCCACCCAAAUUACCACAUCUGACCUACCUACAACCAUUACUCAACCUCCAACCAAGUUACCACAUCUGACCUACCUACAACCAUUACUCAACCUCCACCCAUUUUACCACAUCUGACCUACCUACAACCAUUACUCAACCUCCACCCAAGUUACCACAUCUGACCUACCUACAACCAUUACUCAACCUCCACCCAAGUUACCACAUCUGACCUACCUUCAACCAUUACUCAACCUCCACCCAAGUUACCACAUCUGACCUAACCAUAGCUACUACUCAGUUAAACCAUUACAAAACCUUUGGCUAUACAAGGGAAGACCCCUGGACUCCUCUCCUCUUGUCUACCUCUACCUACUCUUUCUCUGUGUUGUGUAAGAUGCUUUUGAGAGACCAAAGAGUCACCUCUGACCUAUGACUUAAUUGAUGUUAUGACAUAAACCACAGGGACUAGGGACUAAGCUUCAAUGGUCAGAUGUAUUGGGUUAUGGCACAGAGCCAUCGGGCUGUAUAAAUCAAAUCAAAUUGUAUUAGUCACAUGCGCCAAAUACAACAGGUGUAGACCUUACAGUGAAAUGCUUACAUAUGAGCCCCUAACCAACAGUACCGUUUCAAAAAGUACGCAUAAGAGAUAAAAGUAACAAGUAAUUAAAGAGCAGCAUUAAAAAUAACAAUAUAUACAGGGGGGUGUCGGUACAGAGUCAAUGUGCGGGAGCACCGGUUAGUUGAGGUAGUGUGUACAUGUGGGU